AUGACAACCAGAUUUAAGAAGUGCCGUAAGUUGCGUGGCCACGUUUCCGCUGGUCACGGAAGAGUUGGAAAGCAUCGUAAACAUCCCGGUGGUCGUGGUAACGCUGGUGGUGAUAGCCAUCACAGAAUCUUGUUUGACAAGUUCCAUCCUGGUUAUUUUGGAAAGGUUGGUAUGCGUCACUUCCACAAGAUCAAGAACCAAACAUUCUCCAAAUCCAUCAAUGUCAAUCAAUUGUGGAAUUUGGUUCCAGAGGAUGUCCGCACUGGAUCUGCAGACAAGGCUCCAGUGGUUGACGUCAUCCAAAAGGGAUUUUUCAAAGUCCUUGGCACUGGCAGCUUGCCAAAGCGCCCAAUUAUUGUAAAGGCACGUCUUUUCAGUAAGAUUGCCGAAAAGAAGAUCAAGGAAGCUGGCGGAGCCUGUGUUUUGGUCGCCUAA